UUAUGAGGUUCUGGUCACUUCUCUCUCUCACUAAUCAUCAUCCCUUACCUUCUUUACUCUUCAGCAGCAUUUUAUCCUCUUCGUUGGGCAUUCUCACUUCUUCAUUCCAUGCACUCAUGCACACUGACACAGUGACACAGAGAGAGUAAAAAGCACAGAACUUUCUGGGUUUUGCUUUCUGGGUUAUAUUCAUUUUGUUCAGAACUGUUGAAAAAAUUUUCUAGGUGCCACUCAAUGUCCGUGUAAUUGUCAAAGUUAGCUCCUUUUCCUGGAAAUAGUCUUUCACUAACUGGGGUUUUGGUUGAAAUCCCCUUCUUUAUCACCAUCAUCAUCAUGCUUUCGGCGAAGUCAGAAUCAGAUAUUACGAGUUUAGUAUCUUCUUCACCUUCAAGGUCUCCCAAACGACCUGUAUACUACGUGCAGAGUCCGUCAAGGGACUCUCACGAUGGGGACAAGUCGUCGUCAAUGCAAGCGACUCCUAUAUCCAAUAGCCCUAUGGAGUCUCCUUCACACCCUUCUUUUGGGAGGCAUUCAAGGAACUCGUCUGCGAGCAGAUUUUCUGGGAUUUUCAGGUCAUCUUCAGGCAGAAAAGGAGGAAGCAGAAAGAGGAAUGACAAGGGCUGGCCUGAGUGUAAUGUGAUUAUGGAAGAAGGUGAAUAUGAUGAGCUCAAAGAAUUGGCCUUCACCAGACGAGUCCAGGCUCUGAUUGCUCUGUUCAGCUUCGUUGCUCUCUUCACUGUCUUCUGCUUGAUCAUUUGGGGUGCUAGCAGGCCUUUCAAGACAGAGUUUACCGUCAAGAGCUUGACAGUACAUAAUCUGUAUGUUGGGGAAGGUUCAGACUCCACAGGAGUACCAACAAAGUUGCUCACAAUAAAUGGAUCAUUGCGGAUAAAUGUGUAUAACCCUGCCACUUUUUUUGGAAUCCAUGUUCAUUCCUCUCCCAUCAAUCUCCUCUUUUCUGAUAUCACAGUGGCAUCUGGUCAGCUAAAGAAGUAUUAUCAGCCCAGAAAAAGUAAGAGAGUUGUAUCAGUGAACUUGGAAGGAAACAAGGUUCCACUAUACGGGGCUGGAUCAACUAUUACACCGUCCCAAACAGGGGUUGUUGUUCCUCUCACACUGAAGUUUGAGAUGAGUUCAAGAGGAAAUGUAGUUGGCAAACUUGUGAGGGCAAAGCGCUACAAGGAAAUUACUUGCCCUUUGGUUCUCAACUCUUCCAGAUCCAAACCCUUCAAGUUCAAGAAGAGUUCUUGCAUCUAUCAAUGAGUUUUCUUUUUGUGUUGUGUUGUGAGUUGUGGGCCUUUUUGUGCAAAUUAAUUUAUGGUUGUAAAUUGUGAAAUACGCAUAAGCAUGAAAUGUUGGAUCUGUAUGUGAUUUUGAUUGCUGGUGAAGAAGCCAUUUAAUGAUCUUUUAA